AUGAAGAUUUCAAAUGAUCCAAUUGUGGAUAAAAGCUUAACAGGACCACUUCAAAAUCUCGAUAAUUCCACAGUAAUAAUAAAUUCACAUCAUGGCGAGGCCCAAACAAUGCUAAGUGCAUCCCUGCUAGCGACUGAUAUCAAGAGCAAUGAUCAGGAUAUACCAUGCAGCGAUGACAUUCUCACCGAUUCACAGAACAUUCCGCUGAUGCGAAUUUUUAUGUCCAAGAAGCAAACUAAGCCUUAUGAGGCCAAAGUUGGAGGAAGGCUGGAUGACAUAAAAGCAAUCGUUCUUUAUAAAGGUGAUUCAUCGAGCAGAUUCUACAGAGAAAUUCCGUUAAGUGAAAUAUUGGAUGUUAAGUAUGUAUCGGAUAGUAAUCUCGAAAAUACAGCUCAUUUCUUUGAGAUUCGAGCCCGAACAUCUGAACAACCAGGAAUGAUGUCAUGA